AUGUCCCUCCGAGUGGCGACGCUGGAGCGGCGCACGAACGAGACGCAGAUCCACGUGUCGAUCGCGCUGGACACGCAUCCGGUCGAUGCGCCGCCAAAGAUUCAGGUGUCGACGGGCAUAGGCUUCCUGGACCACAUGCUGCACGCGCUCGCGAAGCACGGCGGCCUGGCCCUGGAGCUGCAGUGCCGUGGCGACCUGUACAUCGAUGACCACCACACGGCCGAGGACUGUGCGAUUGCGCUGGGCCAGGCGUUCAAGCAGGCGCUCGGCGAGAUUCGCGGCGUCAAGCGCUUCGGCACGGGCUUCGCGCCCCUCGAUGAGUCGUUGUCGCGCGCGGUCGUCGACCUGUCGUCGCGUCCGUACUGCCACACGCAUCUGCAGCUGCGGCGCGAAAAGAUCGGCGACUUGAGCUGCGAGAUGAUCCCGCACAUUUUCCACAGCUUCGCGACCGAGGCGGGCAUCACGCUGCACGUCGACGUCCUGCACGGCGAGAACGACCACCACAAGGCCGAGUCGGCCUUCAAGGCCACGGCGCUCGCGCUCAAAGAGGCCAUCACUCGCACGGGCUCGCAGGAUGUGCCGAGCACCAAGGGUGUCCUAUAA